CUCGCACACCCUGGCCAGCUUGCGAUGGCUUGCAGAUGACUCCUGUGAGCUCGCCUAGUAUGGUCACGCCGAAAAAUCGUCGAAGGUAUUAUCAUUCAAGAUAAUCCUUUUUGUCGACUCGCAUUCCAAUAAAAUAUUGAUCUUUACUUAGAAUUUUAUUGGCAAAAUUAGAGUUUAACUGCAAUGCAAUGCGUUAUAUUCUGACACGUGAGAGUGAGCCCGUUGGAGCAUCAUAAUGGGAACCAGAUACGCAUCAUACAGUUUAAAGCUCGCUAGUUUACAUGAUGCUUAUCAAAGGCUACUUUAUGGGACUCAGCCUAUACCUUCCGGUUUAGACAUUGCAAAUAUAUUGAAAUAUUUUUCUCAAACCUUACUAUGUCUGUUAAAAGAAUCCGAAUUAAAAGAGUCCGUGUCGCCAUUCGACAUGAUCAAAUCGCAACAGCUCGAUGGAGAACGAAUGGCGUUAUUCCCAAAUUUGGACUACAAGCAACUUUACAACGCGUUGACGCAAAUGAUCGAUGUCGUGCCGCUGAUUCACAUCGGUCUGCCAGCGUUCGGGAAAGCCUUGCUACAAUGUCUGGCGUGCAUGUUGCUGUUCCUCGAUCACGAUCUGAUCGACAAUCUGGCAUACUUAACUGCCAGCACGAUAUCGGUACUUCCUGUGGAGUUGCAUGAAGAGAUCGUCAAUUAUCUCUGUUUUUACAUUUUACCGUUUACCAUCACAAGGAAACCCGAAAUUGGAGACGAGAGUGCCGCUAGCCAAUCAGUGGCUGCUGUUAUAAUGAUGGUCUUUCAGUAUUCCAAUAACCCAGCGCAUCACUGUCAACUGCUGGAGUGUUUGAUGGCCCUGAAGCCGGGAGUCGUGAAAGACAUACUUUGCGUUAUCGCCUACGGCACCGCGUCGGCGAGAGCGUCAGCUGCGAAAUUGCUAUUCUAUUACUGGCCCUCGUUUAAUCCAAAUCUAUUCGAUCGCCGCGCGGUGUUGGUAAAAUUUGCUAACGAUUUUACCCCGUUCGUAUGCCAGCGGGACAGCUGUCCGAAUGCCGGCAAUGCGGAAGCUGCAAAAGUUUGUUACAAUCAUCACAUUUCCAUCACGUACGCCGUUGAAUCCCCACCACCUCUUUACCUUUGCAUCGAAUGCGCGAACGAGAUCCAUCGGGACCAUCCGAAUCAAAUGUUUUAUGACAUUUUGCAUCCGAUGCAACAGGUGUCGAUGGUCUGCGAGAACAAAAAUUGCAGAGGAACAGACAAAUCGGCUAUUAGCGUUUGCUUCUCGACGGAAUGCGCGAGUUACAAUGGUAACCAUCCUAUAAGAUAUUGCCAGCAGUGUCACAGUAUCCGUCACAACAACCGCCGUGGCGGCGAUCACGUUUAUCACACGGCGCUUCCGCACAUCUCGCAGCUGGACCCGCAAGCGCAGACUUACAUGGUCCAGGCGAUCGUCAGUUUGCUCAGAGAGGCCGAACCGAUAAGUAUCGAUAGCAAUCGAGAUACAGACAUAAGUGCUAGCACUAGCAAUAAGGGUGGCCUAGGAUUCGUAGGAAGUAGCAGUGGCGGAAGCGGUGCUGGCGGUAUCGGAAGUACGUUCGGUCAUUGUGACCCUACGAGCCUGGAGGAACGACAGCUCCUCGGCAGAUAUGGCGUAUGGCUGCUAGUGGGACUUUGUACCCCUAACGAGGAUACCCCGGUUGAAAUACUGGGCCGUUUAUUAUCAAUGUUAUUUCAUUGGUUUCAUGUCACUGCCUACUGUUUCGAUGGCCAAGCGGAAAGCGCGCUUGAGAAGUUAAAGUCGGAGUACGUUUGCGACUGGCUCACGGAAGUUAUGAAAACGCAUUACGAUGUAUUCAUUUCCUGUCUUCUACCACAUCCCGCGGACUACGUCAGGGUCGGGGGUCAUUGGGAAACCCUGGCUUCGCGGACGUCGCAUUUAAAAGACGGACUGCAUCGGCUAUUCUGUCUGGUACCGUACGAAGUGAUUACGCCCGAUGUCUGGGAUUAUGUGAUGCCGCAUUGGAUGGAGGCGGUGGUAAAUGACGUUCCAGAAAAUGAACUUCAGGAGCUGAAGAUAAUAUUGAGCAAGAUCUUGGAUCGGGACAUGAAUUCCUUAGGAUUUGACGUGAAGAAAAUGUAUAACUUUAUAGCGAAACGCUUCGUCAACACGAGCGCUGAGGUGCAAGAACAGGCCCUCCACUGGCUGCAAACCCUCACUAUGCUGGAGAUAACGUUGCCCCUGGAUCAAUUGUUUUCGAUAUUCAGCGACGGGGUUACGGUUAUGCAGAUGAUGAGCGCGGAAGAAUCGGAAUUAAAACCAAGCAAGUCUACAAAGGAAGAUGACAUAAACGUUACACGUCCCAUAGUGAAUGAAAAUGAUUCCGGGAAAUCAACACCACUUUCCGACGAUGUAGUGCCGAUACCGAGGCACAUGGAAUUCACGACGAACGCGGAACUUAAUUUAUCUUGUUGUAUUCUCAUGCUUGAUGUAUUAUUGAAACAGAUGGAACUUCAAAAUGUAGACAAGCAUACCGGAAUUAAUACAAAGGUUUGCCGAGACGCUUGCCAUUUAAUGAAGUCCAUAGUUGCGUCCAACUGGAACAAUUCUCACGUUUGCGAGACGUCAGACAUCGAAUGCUCUUAUUGCGAAUCGAGAGUAAUCUGGCAUCAAUUGUGCCUACAAUUGAUUACCUACAUGGUACCGGAAAAUCCGGCGUAUCCCCCGGAUACAAUUGUGGAUGAAACUGCGGAAGAUAAUGCACGCAAAGGUUCGCCGGAAACGUCAAAGAAGGGUGACUCGAAACCGGAUGUAGUUAUCAACAUGCCAGUGCCAGAAUUGCAUUCUGUCGGCGGGGUCUUAGUUCACAUGCCACACUUCUUCGAACAGAUUAUGACAGCGACAGUAGAGACAGUUUCGGAACAGCUGGACCUCGCGGCUAUCAUGCCAACGGAGAAGAUUAUGUCCGCCGUUGCGAGAACGGUUACGCUAUCGGAAACAGACGUCGCAACCGCAACAGUGAGCGUGGCAAAACCACAUUUGAUUGGCGAAAAUGACGAACCCGUGAGUCUAAGUCCGGAAGCUGAUUCGGACGACUUUUGGCACACCUCCGUGGGAAAGUUUCGUUUUACGAUAGAAGAACUGCCGGAGCAACUUCAAUACAUUCACAAACUGCUGAAGGAAAUAAUGACGAUCGACAAACCAGACAUUCUUUACUACAUGCUGCAGUGCUUGAAUGUGAUGUGCCUGUACGGCGACGCGUUUAAUACGGCGGUGAAGGAUCAUCAAGGAUUCUUUAUAUGGUGCCAAGAGAAUUUAUUAAUAAAGAACUUAUGGGAGCUUCUGAACGCGGAGCAUUCGCAUAUAGCACAAGUGACUGUUCCGUUGUUACUGCAUUGUGUAACGUUACCCUGCGGCACUGACACUUUCUGGCGGCUUGUACAAGAGGAAUUUCACAAUUCCGAUUGGCGUGUUAGAUUCGUCGCAGUCGAACGCGUCACGUUAAUCGCGAGAUUUAUGGACUCGACGCCAUUGCGGAACGUGUUAAGUCUUCAGGCUGCGUUGGCAAAUGCGUUUUGUUAUUUAAUUACCAGCAUGGACGACAACAACGUGUACGUUGCACAACGUGCUACCUUGUACCUUGGUACCGUUCACGACAUAGCAAUUAGAUCGUUGAUAUUGUGCUUGGAGACGCAAUUCGAUUCUGUAAUCGUGGACCGGCCAAUGGUAUUGCAAUCGCUUUAUCAAUUACACAAUAGUCUUAGCGAUCGGCGUAUCCUGACGUGGGAGUUUUUCUUGAAUCGAUUUGACACGCUAUUUCUCGAGGCUCAAAUCAACUUGGAGAAGUCGGGAGACGUGGCUUACCUGCGCGAUCUAAAGAAUACGGAUAUGAACAGCGAGGUGUUCAUGAAGAAAUUGCACCGCGCGCACGAGGCGCUAUCGCAAUCUGACGGUAGCGGGACAAGUUCCGUGAAGACGCUGAGCGCGAGCUUCGGGACGAAGUGGCCCUACAAGCGUACGAUGUCCGCGCCCGCGUCGAUGAUACCACGACAAGACACUAAGCAGGAAAAGGAAAAGGUGUACAGCCGACAGUAUUCCGCGCCGAUCUUGAAAAGGAAGAGCUCGAGAUUCGGACUGGAUGGUCACAUACAUUCGUUGAACAUGGUCGACGAAGCUAGCACGUUACCAGGAUAUACUCACAAAAUCGUGGAUCUUGAAGAAGCAGAUAAAGAAACUAUGCACCUACUAGUCUUCCUCUUGAUGCAAUUCCUAUCGAGACCGGAUCAGGCUUAUCCGACGGACGAGAAACCAAUGUCGAAAACGCAGGGCAUAGUCUUGCGGCACUUAUAUCUUCUUUUGGGAUACAAUCAAACUGAGCGCACUUUUCAUACCACUCCGCAACGUCUGAGGCUUUCACCGGCGUUUAACGUCUUUAUCGCCAAUUUGCCACAACUAUUAGACCAGAAUCACGUAAUGGGCUGGCUGAUGACGCCGCCGAUUCUGGCGAUAUUACAAUAUUGCCCUUACCCCCCACAAACUAUACCUCCAACCACCACCGAUCAACCACCGCCGAAUUAUAGUCUUUGGUACUUGGAACCACACAUCAGGCGAUCUUGGUUGAUGUCUCUGCUUGUUAUCUUAUACAAGUGUCAGUACGGACAGCAGCCAUGGUGUAAUCAGCUUCAAGCGUUAGUGAAGAUAGUGUUGAAUACGCUCAGUACGCAGCAUCAUCAGUGCAAAAGGAUACCAGCGACCGUAGUUAUGAGUGCGCCGCCCUCCAGAUCUCGUGACGUUUCCCAACCUUCGCUCGGAGUAGAACACGAGUUGACAACGAACACGAUGGGAGAAAUAGAUACGGAGACCCCGCCGAUGCGCGCAAUCUCGGUGCACCAACGCAGCCCCGGAGGAAUGCACGGACAAAUGGAAACCCAUUGGGAAGAGAAUAAUAGUCCAGCGUGCCGUUAUUUCAACAAACAUUUUACCAGCUAUUCGAUCAAUGAUGAUACGGAGUCCGAAUUGGCGGCGAUCCCUGAGAGCCCCAAAUCUGACAGCACCUUACAUGGCAGCAGUGGAGGAUCCCUUGGGGAAAUGGAGGAAACGGUGCCGAGAAACGCAACCCUUCAAGAACCACGUAUGUCAAUUGUUUCGGAUGGGACGAGUAUGGUCGAGUCAAACAAUCGAAACAAGACGAAGGCGGAAUCCGUGACAAAGCCCACAUGGUUCUUAGGUGGAAACGAAGACGAGGUUAAUCAGGGAAAUAAAAGCGGCCCUCAAAAAAAAUGGAGCGUAUAUGAAGGAGUGAAAAUGAUGGUUACGAGCACAUUUCUCACUGGACAGCAGGAGCCGUCGAGACAUUUGGCUAAAGCAAGUAUGCCGUCGAUAAAAAACGGCAAAGGGCAUUUGCCUUACAACGGAGACGCAUCGAAGACAUACGAUUUAUCAAGCGCCUUAGCUCUCGCAACUAGCAUUCCUCAUAUUCAAAGAGCUGAAUUACCAAGGCUAAAGGAUAAGGAGACGGAGAGGACCAAGGAAAAGGAGAAAGAGAAGGAAACGGAGAGGGGAAAGGAGAUGGAAAUAAAAAGGGAGAAGGAAAAAGACAAGGAAAAGGAAAAAGCAGCCGUGAAGACGGCCGGGACUAUCAACAAUGUUCAAUUCGAGCCUCUGAAACAUUUAGGUAGACAGAAACACGUGGAGCAGAUCACAAUUACAGCGACGUCGCCGAUUUCACCUUGCCAAGUGAUUACAGUGACGAACAGCGACAAUUCGAGCUCGCCAGCGCUGAGUUCUUCCAUAUCAUCGCAAGUCAUAAGUACAGAAAAUGGACAGCAAACGGGCGAUCCUCCUACCGUUAGUCCGCAGCCUUUGAUUACUCCGACCGUCGAGCGACUGCUUCCCAUUGGUACAAUAGUUCGGGCAACUGGAUCGCGAACCACGCAACGUGUAUUGCGAUGCGAGGACACGUACGGCUCUCCGGAAUCACCAUUGUCGAAGAUGGACAUUUUGACAGUCAGUUCUUCGUUCGAGCAAGACAGCGAAACUUGCGAAACCAGCGAUAUUACGAGCCCGCAUAGCAUUUCCCAACUGGAAUUUCCAACCCCAGAGCGACUGCUGCCGGUUGGCCCUCCACGAGAUUUCCCCAGCUUAGUCGAGCGAGUACGUCAGGCGCUCGAUAUUUCAGACGUCGAAGAUAUGAAUAAAUCAAACGGAGAUGCGAAACAUGACACACGUGAUCUGGCACUCACGAAGCAGGAUAGCGGAGCCUCUGACAAUAUUUCAACAUCACUCGUGCCGACGUGCAAUGAAAUUCACUCGAGUAGAUCGCCAAGUCCGAGAAGGCUAAUUAAACAAGUGGCUUUGGAAUCGUCCCCACCGGCGAUCGAUCCCGGCGAUUUCGUCUCAAAAAUAGCAGAAUACGAUCAGAGGAUUAAGUCGAAGGAUCAAUUUCGGAUUCAACGUGACAGGGGGAGGAAGAUCACCGCUUUAGCGGAUCAAGACAUGAUUACGCACGCGAGGCGAACAGAGUCCUGGUCUGGCCCGCAGGUUCAACAGAACCUAGACUUUGCCUCUCAACAAGCGUAUCAUGCGGAUUUUAAUUUGAAGCAGAGCUUAUUUCGCAUCGGCGACGAUUGCGUUUACGACAGGUGUUCGGAGUGCGGAGCGAUAAGAGAGGAGUAUUCUGACGAAGAGCUUGGAUUGUGCAUAAUAACGUUGGGAACGUUUAUUCAUCGAGAGCCAUCUCUAGCGGCACCGUUAUUGCCGGAAAUACUCGGUGUGGUUACCAAGGUUGCUCUUCACGCGAUGUAUCCUUGGCAAAGUGAAACAAAUAUGCACCUGCCAGGUGGUGCGGUCAGCGUAGCGCACCAAUUUCUCAGAUGCGUUCUCCACCAAUUAGCACCUAACGGAGUGUUUACGCAAAUGUUUCAGACUCAUUUAAAUGAAACGACAAGGCUGCAGUUUUUCAAAAGCGUUGCGCAAGCCUUGGUUGAUUUUAACGAAUUAAAUCCCAUCGCACCCUUGCAAUUGUUGCUUGAGACGCUAAAUAUGAAAAAGUCAUUGCCGCUGGAACGGUUGCCAAUAAUAUUAUAUAAUAUUGCUUGUUACUUGGAUUGUUUGCCAUUGGAGGCGGGAUUGGGUCCUGCUACGGCUACAUGGAGCGGACUGCUGGCACAGUUCGAUGGUUUAUUUCGAAGACUCGUUCUUAUGCUUCCUUCCAUCGAUGAUAUUACUCCACUUUUGCGGAUUAUGAUUUCGAUAUUAAAGGUUCCAGGGAUUCAACAAUCAAAGGGAAUGCUGGAUCCGUUCUCCAAAGUGUUAAGUUACGCCAUACAAAACUCAACAUUAAAAUAUAGUUGUUUAACAGACUUGUGCUAUUUGUGCCACAGAGGAUUUACUCGUGAUCGCGACAAACACUUUUUCGGGAGGACGAUUGUAUUUGAAUUAAUUCAGGCAAUUAAAUUUAAAACUACAAUACCGGACUCUAAUUUUUUGUUACUGCUUCAGUUUGUGCUCCAAGAUAUUGGGGGAUCCUUACCUAAUAGUGUCGUUACGAUGGAAAAUAAUAUUCAAACAGACGUGUCACCGAUCUACAACACAAAUGCCUCUGAAUCAUUAAAGAAUCAGUUGUCGGAUGUCCUCGACUUUUUAACUGAUUUUCACACUUUGAGCAAGAUUAAGAGCUACAGCAAAGGUAUGCAGGCGGGAUUAAACGAGGACACGAUAGGCGGGAUGUUAAAGUGCGGCCUUGCACAAUACGUGGCUUUAGAAAUUACGAGAGGCAACAACAGGGAGAACAGAGCUGUCGCGCGUUACCUGCCGUGGUUGUACACCGCGCCGUCUAUAACGCAGGGAGCUCGCGAAUACGUCGAUUGUAUCGGACACAUCAGGCUCUUAUCCUGGCUGUUACUGGGCUCGCUUACGCAUAUAGCAAUGAACACCGGCCACAAUAACAGUCAUUCACAUUCAACAGUACCGUUGGCGCAACCGAUACCACAAGAAGUGUCUUGCCACAUCGCGGAUCAUAUACAAGUCAUUUUCUCCGGGUUUCCAGAACAAUCGAAAACCUCGGUCCUUCACAUGUCAUCGCUCUUCCACGCGUUCAUUCUUUGCCAACUUUGGACGAUGUAUUUGGAAGAAAUGUCGAAGAACAACGCGACAAAUAGCGAGAGCCACAACGUCACCAUGAAUAUCUUACUGGAAUUUUGGGGCAAGAUAACGCCGUGCAUUUUGCAACUUGUUUCCUAUUCGAAAGCUCUGUCUGAAAUGCUGAAUUUGCAUUUCCUAAGCCUGUUGGAGGCCUUGUUGGAAUGCGGAUCAAUUCUGCUGAGUAAAUUACUACCUCUAUGGAAUGCUAUAUUAUUUUCUCAUCACGUUCAGUUACCGGGACACUUACAAAUGCGAUUGCAGAAUUGCCGCGAUUUCCCACCGAACAGAAUGGCGGAGCAUUUUGUUUCCAAUCGAAGGGGAUCAAACGCGAUACUCCUACGAUGGUUACAUCGCUUGCAGUUUAAGAUGGGCCAAAUAGAAAUGCAAUCUUCCACCGCCACGCAAUUUUAUUCUAUUUAAAGGAAAGGAAGAAGAGCUUAAAUACAAUUUACGAAUUAGAUAUUCUCAUAUUAAUUGAUCGAAAGCGUUGGAAAUAGAUCAAAUAAAAUGGGACAUUGUAAAAGUAGUGCUUUAAAAAUUAAAACUAUUAUAAUUUUAAUUGUUAAAAAAUCGUUAAAAGAA